UUGUAGGGGCCUGGAGGAUCCAAGAGCAAAGCCAACAUCCAGAUAUGCUGGGGCAUCAGGAUACUCCUCUGGGGGUGUUACGGCAGGGCAGGAGGUGUCUGCGAUGUGGGGAACUGUUGAUUGAGUCCCAAGAACACGGUUCUCUACCGGGAUGUCAGUGUUACACCCCGCUUACAGAGUCUGUUAUUCAAAUGGGCGAGAAGGGCAAUGAGAGGUUUGAUAAACCCCAAUGGAUGGCCGGACAUUUGGGAGAUAUUGAUUUUGUUGGAGUCAGUCGGACCAGGGGCAAGUUUGUCAGGGUAACCAGCUCCACAGAUCCGGCUGAAAUCUACCAGAUGUUGACUAAGCAGUGGGGUCUGGCCCCUCCUCAUCUGGUGGUGGCACUAAUGGGAGGUGAUGAAGUGGCUCAGAUGAAGCCCUGGCUGAGGGACACACUUAGGAAAGGCCUUGUGAAGGCAGCACAGAGCACAGGGGCAUGGAUCUUCACCAGUGGUUUGCGUUUUGGCAUCACCAAGAACCUGGGUCAGGCUGUAAGGGACCACUCUCUAGCGAGCACUUCCCCUAAGGUGAGAGUGGUGGCCAUUGGAGUUCCACCCUGGAACAUGAUUCAGAACAGAGAUCUUCUGCUGGCUGCAAGGCCUGACCAUCCAGCAAAAUAUCCAUCUGAGGAUCUUCCCCACGGUGCAGUGUACUCUUUGGACUGCAAUCAUUCUCAUUUCAUUCUGGUGGACGAGGACCUACAGAGACCUGGUGAGAUGAGAGUCAAGAUGCUCAAACACAUCUCUCUGCAGCGCACAGGAUAUGGAGGCACAGGCAGUAUAGAAAUCCCUGUCUUAUGUCUUCUGGUUCAUGGAGAGCCAAGGAUAUUACAGAAAAUGUACAAGAAUAUUCAGAAUUCAAUACCCUGGCUGAUUUUAGCUGGCUCAGGAGGAGUCGCUGAUAUUUUAGUGACCCUGAUGGACAGAGGUUGCUGGGAUGCUGACAUGGUCCAAGAGCUGCUGAUAAACACCUUCACCAAUGGCCUACACAGCACUGAAAUCCCUUCCUGGGUCAAACUGAUCCAGAGAAUAUUGGACCACGGUCACCUGCUGACAGUUCAUGACCCAGAGCAGGACUCAGAACUGGACACAGUAAUUCUCAAAGCUCUGGUUAAAGCUUGUAAGAGUCAAAGUCAGGAAGCACAGGACUUCCUGGAUGAGCUGAAACUGGCUGUGGCCUGGAAUAGGGUGGACAUUGCUAAAAGUGAGAUCUUCAGUGGGGAUGUGGCAUGGAGUGGCCCGGAGGCCGUGGCAGCUGCUCUGGUGGGCUGUAAGAUAAUGAAGGAGAUGGCCCAUCUGGCUACUGAAGCAGAGACUGCUCGCAGUAUGAAGAAUGCCAAAUACGAGCAGUUUGCUAUGGAUCUGUUCAGUGAGUGUUAUUCAAACAGUGAAGACAGAGCCUAUUCGCUCCUGGUGAGGAAAACAUGCUGCUGGAGCAAAGCAACGGUCCUGAAUCUCGCCACUUUGGCAGAUGCUAAAUGCUUUUUUGCUCACGAUGGUGUCCAGGCCCUGCUGACCAAAGUCUGGUGGGGAGCCAUGAGGACAGACACUUCCAUCGCUAGACUCGUGCUCACGUUCUUCAUGCCUCCCCUCGUUUGGACCAACCUCGUCAAGUUCAAUGCAGAGGAAAAAGUGAGCAAAGGUGAAGGGGAACCGUUUGCCGAGCUGGACAGUUUGGAAACAGAGCAGGCCUUGUUACUCACAGACGAGGACCCAGUUGCUGCUGAAGGUGGCGGUGAUUCUGCAGUGCAGAGAUGCAGUGCAGCUUUCAUUUAUGUGAUGCUGCAGAAGUGGAAUCGUUUCUGGAGCGCUCCAUGCAUUGUGUUCAUGGGGAAUGUCAUCAUGUACUUUGCUUUCCUCAUACUGUUCAGUUACGUGCUCCUUUUGGACUUCAGGCCCCCACCGCCACAUGGCCCGUCUGCAGCUGAAAUUAUCCUCUACUUCUGGGUCUUUACCCUGGUGUUGGAGGAAAUCCGUCAGAGUUUCUUCACGGAUGAAGACAUGAGUAUUUUUAAGAAGAUGAAGCUAUAUGUAGAGGAUAACUGGAACAAAUGUGACAUGGUGGCCAUCUCUCUUUUCGUGGUGGGAUUGUCAUGCAGGAUGGCCACAAGCACGUAUGAGGCUGGCCGCACUGUUCUUGCUUUGGACUUCAUGGUUUUCACCUUAAGACUCAUUCACAUUUUUGCCAUCCAUAAGCAACUCGGGCCUAAAAUCAUCAUUGUGGAGAGAAUGAUCAAAGAUGUGUUCUUCUUCUUGUUCUUCCUGAGCGUGUGGCUGAUAGCGUAUGGAGUGACGACACAAGCCCUUCUGCACCCCAAUGACCCGCGCAUCGACUGGGUCUUCCGCAGGGCACUGUACCGACCAUACCUCCAUAUAUUUGGACAGAUUCCUCUGGAGGAAAUAGAUGCAGCAAAAAUGCCAGAUGAUAACUGCACUACUGAUGUGCAGGAGAUCAUCUUAGGCACUCUGCCUCCCUGCCCAAACAUCUACGCCAACUGGCUGGUCAUUCUGCUGCUCGUCAUCUAUUUGCUGGUCACAAAUGUGCUGCUGCUCAACCUUCUUAUUGCCAUGUUCAGCUACACCUUCCAGGUGGUGCAGGAGAAUGCAGACAUCUUUUGGAAGUUUCAACGUUAUAACCUGAUUGUUGAAUACCACAGCCGCCCUGCAUUGGCUCCACCCUUCAUCAUCAUCAGCCACAUCUCUCAAGCUCUCCUCAGCCUCAUCAAAACUACAGAAACCAAGCAGGAUCUGCUGGAGAGGGAACUAUCGGCUGGACUGGACCAGAAGCUAAUGACAUGGGAGACAGUGCAGAAGGAGAACUACCUGGCUAAACUGGAGCAUGAGCACAGGGAGAGCAGUGCAGAGAGACUCCGAUACACCUCCUCUAAGGUACAGAGUUUGCUGAGGAUGGUUGGGGGUUUUAAGGAGCAAGAAAAGCGCAUGGCAACAGUGGAGACUGAGGUGAGGUAUUGUGGAGAGGUGUUGUCUUGGAUUGCAGAGUGUUUCCACAAAAGUACUCUGAAGUGUGACAGAGACGCACCUAAAGCCCCACGGUCCAUUGCCAGCUCCAGAAAUCCACAUCCACAGGAAGCCAAGCGGCAGCAGCCAUCGGGACAUUCAGGAUAUGGUGUCGACAAGAAACUGCCUUACAUUGAUCAGUGAUCUGGCCACGUUAUUAUGCGUUUGUUUUAUUUAACUGGAAAUAGAAUAAUAGUAGUUUGGUAUAGGUUAUUGUAAUUGAGACUCCAGGCCACAAAACGAGAGACACACUAUGCAGAGUUAUUUCUUUGUG